AUGCCUCAAGCUCAACCCGAAUUGAAAAAGUAUAUGGAGAAGCGGGUAUUCUGCCAACUGAACGGCAACCGCAAAGUCAUUGGCAUCCUACGAGGCUAUGAUGUGUUCAUGAACAUCGUUCUGGACGAGGCUUUCGAGGAGAAGCAAGGUGGAGAGAAGGUCGCUAUCGGCAUGGUCGUCAUUCGUGGUAACUCGGUUGUUAUGCUUGAGGCUCUGGAACGAAUUAGCGAAAAAUAGAAAAAAAAAAAAAAUGGAAAUGUGGAGGAACAGGACGUCGUUUUAUACCUUUACUGCGUGCGGGUUUAAUUUAAAUCAAUAAGGAGUUCACGGGUUGGCUGCUCGCAUGGAACAAACCCAAGGCAUUUUCGAUUUAGUCACAGUUUGGCUUAUGAGAGGAGGGGCAAAGAAAAUUUCAGUUCAUUUACCAAUCUGGAAUUUACAUUUACGGUAUCUGGGAAAUUAGUCAUGGGCCUUGGAGAGCAGUCAGUCUACAGUUGAGAAAGCAUCAAGGUGGAUACAGAGAGGCAUUAAACGCCAAACCACGCGAACGAAACCGAACCAACACCCUCGCAACAUUGCAAUUCUCAGAGAAGGAUAUGAAGCUAGUGAAGAUGUAAAAAUCAAGAUCCAUUCCAACCCCACGCCAUGAAUCUCAUAUCUCAUUUGAUCCAAGCACCGACACCCGCCCAAAAAAGGGUUCAAAGUAGAAAAGAAGAAGAAG